CCAUUCGACCCUACAUUCUUCUGCCCCUAACGUCAACGAUCAUCAGCCUUUGUCGCCGCUAAGUGCUCCCACCACCGGGCCUUUAUGCCCGUUGCUUCCUUAGCAACGACCCUAGCAACGACACAAGCGCGAGUUAGCUUACGGUAACUUCGCAGCGCUACCAAAUGAGUUUAGCCCGGAGGAAAACGAAUUUUGUUGAUAAUGUGUCAUUCCGACCGCCAAACCCGCCACAGGGACACAGGAAAGAGCCGUGGACGGAAAACCAGCCGAAACUACAGCAGAAAUCUCAAGGAACCGUGGCGGUUGUGGGAGGUUGUUACUACGGUGGCGCUGUGAGCGACGGGGCCGGUGCUGGACCCAGCCGGAGCCUGCUCCGCAGCGUGAGGGCCCCGCACGUGCCCGGGACCUCCACGCACGGCAGCGUCACGCGCACCAAGCUCAAAAACAAGAAGAGCAAGAACCUGCGUGAAACCCUUAUUAGGUUCAUAUGUCAGCAGCGUGAGGAGCGGGACAGCAGCUCUUCACCAUUUACUGCAACGGAUGACAAUGAAAUGAGAUAUAACUACUACAUCCAAAAAGGCAUAGACCUGGAGAAUGUCUAUCCUCUGGAUGAUGUUUGGCUGCAAAACAUUUUGGGAAAAGUUCCCUACCACCUGCGAGGCCUGAGUAGACAACUGGAGCUGCUCCUUGAUGAAAUAAAGGAGGAAUACUUGUUCAGCAUUAAGGCUGCAAUCUUAAAAUAUACAUUCAGGGAUUCACAAAAAAGUGCUCAGGACACGUCAAGAGAUUUGCCCUCACACAGGCUUGAACUGGAAGUAUUGCCAAAACCAUGGAAUCAAGACUUUGUCCAUGUGCAAAAAAAGAUGAAAGAAAAGCUUCACUCUGUGAACCCCACUAUGCUUCAAGUGCAGUCUCUCUGGCAUGUCUCAUACAAAAGUCUCCGCCUGCUAGAUGUAGAUGAAUUCCACGCGAGAGAGCAAUCAAUGGAGAUGUCUGUGUUUCAGAAAAUUGUCACCAGACAUGUUGAUAAUACCAGAGGAAUCAUUCUUAAAAACUGGAUCCCUGAAGUUCAAAGCAUUUUCUUCCAGGGCUGCAGACGCAAGCUGGUACCUUCUCAGAGCAACAUGACCAAGCUGCAGUCUUUUUUUAACUGUGCGGCUGCCCUGAUGACCUUUCAGCUACAGAACCUUGCCAUUGACUCAAUGAGGGACUAUACAAAGCUGAUUUCACAAGACUCGCAGUCGGAACGAGCCUUCGAGCACCCAGGCUUUGUCUUGGAACUGAUCCUGGAUGACAGGGACAUUAAGUUUGAACCUGACUUCAAACUUUAUGAGGAAACGCUCCUUAAUGUGUAUGAGUUCAUGCUUAGGUCUAUAAGCAUGGUACCUCGUGUGGAAACCAAACUGUACCCUGACUGGCCCGGCUCUCAGUCUGAGAACUUCCUUAGACCCAUCAUCCUGCCCCAGACGCUCGAAACCCAGGUGGAUGAGGUUCGUAAGGUGUUCUGGGCUGAGUGUGACAGGCCCAAGGAGUAUGUCUGUGAAUAUGAGAAGUACGCCACACUGAUAUCGAGGCAGUCGGAGGAAGAUGUGCAGCAGUUCCUAAGUGAGCAGCACUCAUUUCAGGAAAUCAUGGAAGAGGUGCAACACUACCAACAUCUUGCUGAGCAGAUUCAAUACACAACUUGCAAGGUGGUGCGUCUUGGCAUGUUUGAGGUGCGGUGCCAUAAACUAAUCCACUCUCUCAUCGAACGUGCCCAGAAGCUACAGCAAAAGCUGGUUUCGCGCAUUCUGCAAGAACAUCAGGAAAUCAAUAAGGGGCUCUGCAAAGAGUUUGAAAGGUUUGCAGAGCAGGCUCUAAGCACACCGCCUGACACACAGAAACUGACAGAGCUUAGGGCCUACAUAAAUAAGGUGGAGACGACAGAGAUGCCACUGCUGGAGCGACGACUGGCAGACUCCAACACACAACUGUGCUUCCUGAUGGACUUUGCUACUCUCUCACCACUGGACAUGAAACUCAAUGCAGAGACCAUUCAGUGGUUCAGACGCAUGCCAUCCAUCUUUAAAGAACACCAACAAAUAAUUACUGAAAAGACAAAGCAAUACCAGAGUGCCCUCAAGCUGUGCCGAGAUCGCUUUAUGGAAGAACUGGAGAGCUACGGUGUACAGGUGGAAGAGUUUCUUGCCUUUGGUGAGCAGGCAGAUCUCAGCAAGUACCUGAAGAAAGCUCAGGCUCUCAAUGCCAAACUGGAAUUAGCGAUGGAAAAGAUUAAUGAUUUCAGUCUAGAGGAGGAGGCCUAUGGCUGGACUGUUUCCCAGUACCCAGAGCGGAAGAGAAUUGUGGACAGGCUCACACCUUUUCUACGUCUCUAUGAGACAGCAACAGAUUUCCUAAGUCAGUAUGAGCAGUGGCUUCACGGGCCACUCACUGGUGUAAACCCAGACAAGGUAGAAGGAGAUGUUGGCAACUACUGGCGCACUCUAUACAAGCUGGAGAAAGCCUUCGCUGAAGCUCCCAAUGCCUUAAACAUAGCCACCACUAUCAAGGCUAAGGUGGAGGACUUCAAGAAGCACAUUCCUAUGGUGCAGGUUUUGUGCAACCCAGGCCUGCGUGAUCGCCACUGGGAUGCCAUGUCCAAGGUUGCUAAAGUCUCCCUGCAGCCAGCUGACAACCAGGCCUGUGUGGCUGAUUUCCUGUCAAUGCACCUGGACCAGCACUUAAGUAGCUUCGAAGGCAUCAGCGAGGCAGCAAGUAAGGAGUACUCUCUAGAAAAGGCCAUGGAGAAAAUGGCUGCCGAGUGGGGGGACAAGGAGUUCAGCCUCCUGGCUUACAGAGAAACAGGCACCUUCAUUCUCUCCUCUGUGGAGGAAAUUCACAUGCUUUUGGAUGAUCAUAUUAUGAAAACACAAACCAUGAGGGGCUCACCCUUCAUAAAGCCUUUUGACUUGGAGAUACGGGAAUGGGAGAGCAAGUUGCUUCUACUACAAGAGAUCCUGGAUGAAUGGUUAAAGGUGCAGUCCACUUGGCUUUACCUUGAGCCCAUAUUCAGCUCCCCAGAUAUAAUGACUCAGAUGCCUGAAGAGGGCCGCCGUUUCACCGCUGUUGACAAAAACUUUAGGGAAACCAUGAGACAAGUGUUGAUGGACAAGCAUGUGUUAGCAGUGAUAUCCAUCAACAAGAUGUUGGAGAAACUAAAAGAAUCAAAUGAGCUUCUAGAGAUGAUCCUUAAAGGUCUUAACAACUACCUGGAAAAGAAGCGUCUCUUUUUCCCCCGGUUCUUCUUUCUGUCCAAUGAGGAGCUGUUGGAAAUCCUCUCUCAGACCAAAGACCCCACAAGGGUGCAGCCACAUCUGAAGAAAUGUUUUGAAGGCAUUGGCAGCGUGGUGUUCACUGAUGUACUGGACAUCACCCACAUGAAGAGCAGUGAGGGUGAAGUUGUUCAGCUCCUGGAAAUGAUUUCCACCUCUAAAGCCAGGGGCCAGGUGGAGAAGUGGCUUCUAGAGCUGGAGAAUGGCAUGACUGCCUCUCUGCAUAAGGUAAUUGGAGAGGCGAUCCAGGCUUACCCCACAGAGCUGAGGAUUAAUUGGGUGCGUGCUUGGCCAGGCCAGACUGUGCUAUGUGUAUCACAGGUCUACUGGACAAAGUAUAUCCAUGAAGCUAUCAGUUCAGGACAGAAGGCCCUAGAUGCCUACCUGGAGCAGAACAACAGGCAGAUUGACGACAUUGUGGCUCUUGUACGUGGCAAGCUAUCCAAGCAGAAUCGAGUGACCCUUGGAGCCCUGGUUGUGCUCGAUGUCCAUGCCAGGGAUGUGCUAGCUACGCUUGUGCAGAAGGGAAUUAGUGACGAGAAUGACUUUGAGUGGCUUAGCCAAUUGCGCUACUACUGGGUGGAAAACCACCUCCAGACAAAGAUGAUCAACGCUGGCUUGCCCUAUGGUUAUGAGUACUUGGGGAACACACCACGCCUGGUUAUAACCCCACUAACUGACCGCUGCUACCGCACAUUGUUUGGUGCCCUUCACCUCCAUUUAGGAGGGGCCCCUGAGGGUCCCGCUGGCACUGGAAAAACAGAAACAACAAAGGACUUGGCCAAGGCAGUGGCCAAGCAGUGUGUGGUCUUUAACUGCUCUGAUGGACUGGACUACAUUGCAUUGGGCAAAUUUUUCAAAGGUCUUUUGUCUUGUGGAGCUUGGGCCUGCUUUGAUGAGUUUAACCGCAUCGACUUGGAGGUGUUGUCUGUUGUGGCUCAACAGAUUCUUACUAUACAGAGAGGAAUUUCUGCGCAUACAGAGAUGCUAACAUUUGAAGGGACAGAACUAAAACUGGACCCCUCAUGUGCUGUGUUCAUCACUAUGAAUCCUGGCUAUGCUGGGCGCUCUGAACUCCCAGACAACCUCAAGGCUCUGUUCAGGACUGUGGCUAUGAUGGUGCCGGACUAUGCGAUGAUUGCAGAGAUUGUUCUCUACUCAUGCGGCUUUGUUACUGCAAGACCCCUGUCAGUGAAAAUUGUGGCUACCUAUCGACUCUGUUCAGAGCAACUGUCCUCCCAGCAUCACUAUGACUAUGGGAUGAGGGCUGUUAAGUCUGUCCUAACUGCUGCUGGAAAUCUCAAGCUCACUUUCCCAGAGGAAAAUGAAGACACACUGUUGCUGAGAUCCAUAAUUGAUGUGAAUCUACCCAAGUUCUUGGCCCAUGAUCUAAAGCUCUUUGAGGGCAUCACCUCUGACCUUUUCCCAGGGGUCAAGCUCCCAAAACGAGAUUAUAGUAUUCUGCUGGAGGCCAUUGAGGAAAACUGCAGACGCAUGAACCUGCAAGUCACUGAUUUCUUUGCUGAGAAAAUCCUGCAGAUCUUUGAGAUGAUGAUAGUGAGGCACGGUUUCAUGUUGGUGGGUGAGCCCUUCGGUGGAAAAACCAGUGCCUAUCGUGUGCUGGCAGCAGCCCUUCAUGACGUCUCUGAAAAGGGUCUAAUGGAUGAGAACAAGGUACUGAUCACAGUUAUUAAUCCCAAAUCCAUCACUAUGGGCCAGCUGUAUGGCCAGUUUGACCCUGUCUCUCAUGAAUGGUCUGAUGGUAUCCUGGCUAUCAGCUACCGAGAUUUUGCAGCCUCCCAGAGCCCGGAAAGGAAAUGGCUUAUCUUUGACGGCCCAGUGGACGCCGUGUGGAUUGAGAACAUGAACACAGUACUCGACGACAAUAAGAAGCUGUGUCUGAUGAGCGGUGAGAUCAUUCAGAUGUCGCCGCAAAUGAGCCUCAUCUUCGAGCCCAUGGACUUGGAGGUGGCAUCGCCAGCCACGGUGUCUCGCUGUGGUAUGAUCUACAUGGAGCCACAUAUGCUGGGCUGGCGGCCACUAAUGCAGUCCUGGCUCAGUACUUUGCCAACCACAGUCAGCACCACGCACAAAGACCUCAUCUCUGCCCUUUUUGAACAGGCUCUUCCAGUGUGCCUGCAGCUUGUUCGAAAAGCCACCAAGGAGCUGUCCCCUACCUCUGACACCAAUCUAGUCAAGUCCCUGAUGAACAUGAUGGACUGCAUGAUGGAUGAAUUUCAUGAUGAAGGAAAGAUAAAAAACAUCAAUGACAAAGAUAUUUGCUCCUGGUUGGAGGGUAUAUUUGUAUUCAGCCUGGUGUGGUCAGUGGGUGGCAGCUGUGAUGAUUCUGGUCGGAUCAUAGUUGAUGCUGUAGUACGAGAAGUCCUGAAUGGUCCAUUGAGUGAGAAGACCCAGACCUGCUAUGGUAUUUUAGUCACUGUUGAAUCUGCAACUAGAGAACUGACAGUUGCCCUGCCCACUGAGGGAACACUCUAUCAGUACCGCUUUAUUAAGGAGGGCCCAGGCAGGUGGGAGCUGUGGACAGAUGAGUUAAAGGCUGCUAGUCCUAUAAGCAAAGACAUGCAGUUCAGUGAGAUCAUUGUGCCCACAGAGAACACCGUACGCUACAUGGCGUUGAUGGAGCUUUUGCUCACCCACCAGAAAUCUACUAUUUUUAUUGGUCCCACUGGUACUGGCAAAAGUGUCUACAUUACAAACUUCCUGUUGAAUCGGCUGCAAAGGGAUUUGUACAGCCCUCUCUUCAUUAACUUUUCGGCCCAGACUACAGCUGCCCAGACCCAGAACAUUAUAAUGUCUAAGCUUGAUAGGCGGCGCAAAGGAGUGUUUGGGCCUCCGUUAGGAAGGAAAAUGGUGGUGUUUGUGGAUGAUGUAAACAUGCCUGCCAGAGAGGUUUAUGGUGCCCAACCCCCUGUAGAGCUGCUGCGACAGUGGCUGGAUCAUGGAAACUGGUACGAUUUAAAGGACUGCUCUAUGAUAAACCUGGUGGAUAUCCAGGUCAUAUGUGCUAUGGGACCACCUGGUGGAGGACGAAACCCUAUCACCCCUCGUUACCUGCGCCACUUCAACAUGAUUACUAUCAAUGAUUUUGAUGAAAAGACGAUGUAUACGAUCUUCUGUAGCAUCACAGACUGGCAUUUUACCAUACGGUUUGCUUUCCCCAAACCAUUUGCAGAUUUGACUUCUCAUAUUGUUAGCAGCACUUUGUCAGUGUACCAGGAGGCCACCAAAAACCUCCUACCAACCCCCACUAAGUCCCAUUACUUGUUCAAUCUGCGGGACGUCUCCCGGGUCAUCCAGGGCAUCUGUCUAUCACGGCCUGAGACCGCAGAGGAGCCAUCUGUCAUCAAACGACUUUGGGUGCACGAGGUCCUGAGGGUUUACUAUGAUCGACUUGUCCAUGACACAGAUCGGUCGUGGCUUGUGAGCCACUUGCAGGUGGUAUCUCAGAAUUACUUGAAGGAAAACUUCCAUCAGCUCUUCCAACAUCUGGACCAGGACCAGGACGGAGUGGUCACAGAGGAUGACUUGCGCAGCCUUAUGUUUUGUGACUUCCAUGACCCUAAGGGUGAAGACCGCAGCUACCGAGAGGUGCACAACCUUGACCAGCUACGGCAGGUGGUGGAAUCUCACUUGGAGGAGUUCAACAACAUCAGCAAAGCGCCCAUGAAUCUGGUGCUCUUCCGUUUUGCUAUUGAGCAUGUGUGCCGCAUUUCCCGCAUUCUCAAGCAGCCCAGAGGACAUGCCUUGCUGGUGGGCGUGGGUGGCAGCGGGAGACAGUCUCUCACUCGUUUAGCUGCCUACAUGGCAGAAUCUGAACUUUUUCAAGUGGAAAUCACCAAGACGUAUGGGACUGCUGAAUGGCACGACGACCUAAAGCAGAUCAUGACGAAGUCUACGCAAAGUGAUGCUCACGGUGUUUUCCUCUUUACUGACACUCAGAUAAAAGUGGAAUCAUUUUUGGAAGACAUUGGCAACCUGCUCAACACCGGCGAGGUGCCCAACCUAUUUGCGGUGGACGAGAAGCAGGAGAUAUGUGAACGCAUGCGUGUGCUGGAUCGGCAGCGUGACCGUGACAAGCAAACAGAUGGCAGCUCCUUGGCUUUAUUCAAUAUGUUUGUAGAGCGCUGUCGUACACAGCUGCAUGUGGUUUUGGCUAUGAGUCCAAUUGGAGACGCCUUUAGAAAUCGCUUGAGACGUUUCCCCGCACUCAUUAACUGCUGCACCAUUAACUGGUUCCAGACAUGGCCAGAGGAUGCUCUGCAAGCUGUCGCCUGCCGCUUCCUGGAGGAUGUUGAGAUGACAGAUGAGAGUCGAGAAGGCUGCAUCGAUAUGUGCAAGAGCUUCCACACCUCCACUAUUGAGCUGUCAGCCUCUUUUUUGACUGAGUUGCAGCGCCACAACUACGUGACCCCCACGUCAUACCUGGAGCUGAUUUCCACGUUUAAGGCCCUGCUAGAGACAAAAAGAGUUGAGGUAAUGAAACUAAAAAGUCGUUAUGAGGUGGGCCUUGAGAAACUUCAGUCAGCUGCAGAUCAAGUGGCUGCUAUGCAAGUUGAACUUGAAGCCCUGCAACCACAGCUGCUUGUGGCCAGCAAGGAAGUAGAUGAAAUGAUGGUGGUGAUCGAGCAUGAAUCCGUGGAGGUUGCUAAGACAGAGAAAGUAGUGAAAGACGAUGAGGCCGUGGCCAACGAGCAGGCCAGGGCUGCCAAAGCCAUCAAGGAUGAGUGUGAUGCGGACCUCGCUGAAGCCAUGCCUAUCCUAGAGUCAGCCCUGGCUGCGCUAAAUACUCUCACCACCCAGGAUAUCACAGUGGUGAAGUCAAUGAAAAGUCCACCCACAGCUGUCAAGUUGGUGAUGGAGGCAAUUUGCAUCCUGAAAGGUAUCAAACCAGAUCGCGUGCCAGACCCCUCAGGCUCGGGUAAAAAGGUGGAAGACUUCUGGGGUCCUGCUAAGAAGCUGCUGGGAGACAUGAGGUUUCUCCAAAGCCUCCAUGAGUACGACAAGGAUAACAUUCCACCCAAUCUCAUUGCCAUAAUUCGCAACAAGUACAUAACCAAUCCAGACUUUGUGCCAGAGAAGAUUCGAACAGCGUCCACUGCCGCUGAAGGCAUGUGUAAGUGGGUGUGUGCCAUGGAGAAGUAUGACAAAGUGGCCAAGGUGGUGGCUCCAAAGAGAGAGAAGCUGGCACAGGCUGAGGGCGAGUUGCGCGUAGCCAUGCAGAGCUUGCACAAAAAACAGGCUGCCCUCAAAGAAGUUCAAGAUAAACUUGCAAAGCUGCAGGAGACACUGGAAGCUAAUAAAAACAAGAAGGCUGACCUGGAGACUCAGGUAGAUCUGUGCAGUAAGAAGCUUGAGCGAGCGGAGCAGCUGAUUGGGGGCCUGGGUGGAGAGAAAACACGCUGGAGUGAAAUGGCCUUCAAUCUAGGAGAGCUCUAUAAAAACCUGACAGGAGACAUCCUUAUCUCAGCAGGCAUUGUGGCUUACCUGGGAGCCUUCACCUCCAGCUACAGACAGAAACAGACAGAGAAGUGGAUGAGUCUCUGUAAGAGCAGGGAGAUCCCUUGCUCUGCCAACAUGUCUCUCAUGAGGUCUCUGGGUGAUCCAGUGAAGAUUCGUGCAUGGACCAUUGCUGGCCUACCGUCAGACAGCUUCUCCAUAGACAACGGAAUCAUAAUCUCUAAUGCUAGGAGGUGGCCUCUGAUGAUUGAUCCCCAAGGCCAGGCCAACAAGUGGGUGAAAAACAUGGAAAAGGCCAAUAGCCUGCAUAUCAUUAAACUGAGUGAUGCUGACUUCGUACGCACUUUGGAGAACUGCAUCCAAUUUGGCACUCCGGUCCUGCUUGAGAAUGUUGGUGAGGAAUUGGACCCCAUCCUGGAGCCCCUGCUGCUGAGACAGAUCUUUAAGCAGGGUGGUGCCAUGUGCAUCCGCCUGGGAGACACAACCAUUGAAUAUGCGCCUGACUUUCGCUUUUACAUCACCACCAAGCUGCGCAAUCCCCACUAUUUGCCCGAGACCUCUGUAAAGGUGACCCUUCUGAAUUUCAUGAUCACCUCAGAGGGCAUCCAGGACCAACUGUUGGGCAUUGUGGUGGCCCGAGAAAGGCCUGAUCUAGAGGAAGAGAAACAGGCUCUCAUCCUGCAAGGAGCAGAAAACAAAAGACAACUUAAGGAGAUUGAGGACAAAAUCUUGGAGGUCCUCUCCUCCUCUAAGGGUAACAUCCUGGAGGAUGAGACAGCCGUCAAUAUCCUCUCCUGCUCCAAGGUGCUAGCCAAUGAAAUCACAGAGAAGCAGGCUGUGGCUGAGAUCACAGAGAAGAAGAUUGAUGAAACCCGCAUGGGCUACACGCCGAUUGCUGUGCAUUCAGCCAUUUUGUUCUUCUCCAUCGCUGACCUGGCUAACAUUGAGCCCAUGUACCAAUACUCCCUCACCUGGUUCAUUAACCUGUUCAUCAGCUCCAUUGAAAACUCAGACAAGAGCGAUGUCUUGGAGCAGAGACUACAGAUCCUGAGAGACCACUUUACGUACACACUGUAUGUUAAUGUGUGUCGCUCGCUGUUUGAAAAGGAUAAGCUGCUCUUUUCCUUCUGCCUCAGUGUUGCUCUGCUGUUGCACAACAAACUGGUGGAUGAGGGGGAAUGGCGUUUCCUUCUGACAGGUGGAGUAGGUUUGGACAACCCUUUCUCCAAUCCCUGUACCUGGCUUUCCAAGAAGUCUUGGGAUGAGAUUUGCCGCUUGGAUGACAUGGAGUGUUUCAAAGGUCUGCGUCAUGACAUGACUCGAUUAAGCAGUGAGUGGAAGAAGGUCUACAACAGCCCAAACCCUCAUCAGACUCCUUUCCCUGAUGAGUGGCAGGAGAAGCUCACUCAGUUUCAGAAGAUGCUGGUGAUUCGUUGUCUCAGACCAGACAGAAUUAUUCCCAUGGUACAGGAGUUUGUUUCAGACAGUUUGGGUCGCCCGUUCAUUGAAGCUCCACCCUUCAAUCUAAGUGAGGCCUUCUUUGAUAGCCACUGCUGCGCACCCCUCAUUUUCAUCCUCUCCCCUGGCUCCGACCCCAUGGCGGCACUGCUCAAGUUUGGAGAUGAAAAGGGUUUUACUGGUAACAAGCUGACCUCACUCUCUCUGGGCCAAGGCCAAGGUCCGAUCGCUAUGAGUAUGAUUGAGACGGGCAUUAAAGAGGGCACCUGGGUAGUUCUGCAGAACUGCCACUUGGCCACUUCAUGGAUGGCCACACUGGAGAGAGUCUGUGAGGAGCUGAACCCAGACACCACCCACCCAGACUUCAGGCUGUGGCUCACUAGUUACCCGUCUCCCACCUUCCCUGUGGCUGUUCUUCAGAACGGGGUGAAAAUGACCAACGAGGCUCCAAAGGGCCUUCGUGCCAACAUCGUGCGCUCCUUCCUCAUGGACCCCAUCUCUGAUCCAGAGUUUUUUGGAAGCUGCAGCAAGCUGGCUGUCUUCAAAAAACUGCUGUACGGCCUUUGUUUCUUCCACGCCUUGGUCCAGGAGAGGAAGAAGUUCGGGCCGUUAGGCUGGAACAUUCCUUAUGAGUUUAAUGAGACCGACCUUCGGAUAUCUGUACAACAGCUGCACAUGUUCCUGGAACAGUACCAGGAGGUGCCGUUCGACGCCCUUCGCUACAUGACUGGUGAAUGUAACUACGGAGGGCGUGUGACGGACGACUGGGACAGGCGGACGCUACGCACCAUCCUCUCCAUCUUCUACACGUCACAGGUCAUCGACGAUCCUGACUACAAGUUUGAUGCCAGUGGACUCUACCAUGCUCCGGCUGAGGGAGACUACAACAGCUACAUAGAAUACACCAGGUCGCUGCCGCUCAACCCGUCGCCAGAGAUCUUUGGCAUGAACGCUAAUGCCGACAUCACUAAGGAUCAGGCUGAGACGCAACUGUUGUUUGACAGCAUCUUACUCACACAGUCACGCUCUUCAGGCAGAGACGCCAAAUCCUCGGAUGACAUGGUCUUUGAUGUAGCGGCUGACAUCCUGAGCAAGCUGCCUGGAGACUUUGACUUGGAAGCGGCGAUGAGGCGCUUCCCCACCAGCUACAAUCAGAGCAUGAACACGGUGCUGGUGCAGGAGAUGGGCCGUUUUAACAACCUGCUCUACACCAUCCGCGCUUCCUGUGUCGACAUUCAGAAGGCCAUUAAGGGGCUGGUGGUGAUGUCUGCAGAGCUGGAGGAAGUAGUCACGGGCAUCUUGAAGGGCCGCAUCCCGGCCAUGUGGAUGAAGAAGUCCUACCCGAGUCUCAAACCUCUGGGGAGCUACGUGAACGACUUCCUGAAGCGACUCAAGUUCCUACAGGACUGGUACAACCAGGGCACGCCCGCUGUGUUCUGGAUAUCAGGCUUCUUCUUCACCCAGGCCUUCCUCACAGGCAGCCAGCAGAACUAUGCCAGGAAACACGUCGUCCCUAUCGACUUGCUCGGGUUUGACUUUGAGGUCCUGGAGGACAUUCAAUACAACCGGCCACCAGAGGAUGGUGUGUACAUCAGAGGUCUGUUCCUCGAUGGCGCUCGCUGGGACAGGAAGAGCAAACUCCUGGCUGAGUCCCACCCCAAAGAGUUACACGACCCCAUGCCUGUGAUGUGGCUAAAGCCCGUCAAGCGACAGGAUAUUCCUCAGAGGAUGUCUUACCUGGCGCCCGUCUACAAGACCAGCGAGCGGCGUGGGACCCUGUCCACCACUGGCCACUCCACCAAUUAUGUCAUAGCCAUGACCCUGAACUCCGACGUACCUGCUGAGCACUGGAUCAGACGAGGGGUCGCUCUGCUCUGCCAGCUCAGCUCCUAGUCUGUCCUACACCUCCAUUUAUUAUAUAACUAUUAUAUAAAGAAGUGUAUGAGCUGCUUACAUUAAACAAGUAAAGAGUGAAACUACA